AUGGCAUCAUCUAAGGAUCAAUUACUUUUGGAUAUUUAUUCUACACCAUUAACAAAUUUUAUUGUUGUAUCAUUAUUUGAAUUACGAUUAAUCGAUCCAUUUAUUGUCACAUUUCGAGCAUUAGCAAACAGAAAAACUAUUAGAAAUAAUUUAUUAAAACCAAAUACAUUAUUAUUAACAUCGUUAAAAUUCUUCGUACACUUAUAUAUAUUUGUAUUACCGGUAGUCGAAUCAAUUGUUUGUCUUCAUAUUGAAAAGAUGGUAGGAUUUGAAGAACAAUCAUUAAAUUCACAAUUAGUACCUAAAUAUUUACCAUUAAUUUUACAAAUAUUAUUAACAACGAAAAACAAAUAA